UGGGCACAGGUGGGUGGCACUGGUGGGCACAGGUGGGUGGGCACAGUGGCACAGGUGGGUGCACUGCUGGGGCACAGGUGGGGGGCACUGCUGGGCACAGGUGGGGGCACUGCUGGGCACAGGUGGGUGCACUGCUGGGCAUGGGUGGGGGGGCUAGUGGGCGCACUGCUGGGCGGAACUUUCCGGGUGUCACUGCUGGGCACCGAUCAUCAGGGCACUGAUCAUCAGUGCCCUGAUGAUCGGUGCCGAUCCCCGCUCUGACAACUGCCGGUUCUUGGCAGUACUUUCCUCACGAUCUGACAGCGUGAGGAAAGUGCAGCCGAGAACCGGCACUUGCAU